AUGGCAGCCCUAUCUGCGCCUGUGGGUGCGUUCAUACAGCAUGAACCUUCCAGAGAGCCUUCCAUUGAGAGCCCGAGCAAGGUGCAUCUUCACCAGAAGAUCACUGGUCCGUCCAAUCUCGAGCUUGACACUUUGCAAUGGGGUGAACGCAUAUCUGGACCGGCGGAUUCUACGAAGGUCGCGUCUUCCUCAGGUGCUGUCACGCCGGGCGAGCUGGAACGUAGUCAGCCCUCGACGCCGACUAGAGACGAAGCUAUUGAUGCAGUGGCAGCUACAUCGCUGAACACUCCCCAAAUCCGAUGGCGUCUCGGGGCAACAGGCGUUGUGUUUCUGUGCGUCGGUAUGGUGGACGCUGCUACCGGGGCUGUUCUUCCGUCUAUCGAAGCCCAGUACAAUGUGAGCUACGCAGUCGUAUCCUUGCUUUUUAUCACAUACGCCUUCGGCUUCAUUGCGGCUGCGCCCGUCAUCUCGACCAUUGAUUCGAAAUUCGGGCGCUCUCGCACGCUGAUGAUAGCCUGUACAUUCCUCUGUGUGGGUUAUAUUGCUCUGAUCUGCAGACCGCCCUUCGCAGUGGUGGUGCUCGCAUUCUGGUUCAUAGGUGUUGGAGUCGCGAUCUUUCUUGCAGUGUCCAAUUCCUACAUGGUGAACUUGGCCCACGGCACAGUGCUUUUGGGUUUCAUGCACGGCUUAUAUGGAGUUGGAGGCACCGUCUCGCCGCUGAUAGCCACAGCUAUGAUAUCUCAAGGCAUACCCUGGUCGAUGUUCUACACCAUCCCACUCGCCUUGUCCGUGGUUUCAGUAGGAACCAUGGGGUGGGCGUUCCGUAGUUUUGAAGAAGAUGCUUCCGUUCAGCUCCUUACCGCACUCGAAAGAACCGCGUCCCGCCGGGCGGCCGCGCAGGGAGAACCAACCAAACGGCAGUUGCUCUGGCAGUCUCUCAAGAACCGGACUACUUUGCUGGGAGCCCUAUUCAUCUUCUUCUACCAGGGAGGAGAAGUGGCGAUUUCUGGCUGGGUCAUCUCGUAUCUCAUCCACUACAGAGACGGUGACCCGUCGCAAGUGGGCAAUGUCACAUCAGGCUUCUGGGGCGGCAUCACAUUGGGUCGCUUUCUUCUCACCGGUAUCUGUCACAGGAUUGGCGAAAAGAGAGCUGUGGUUGGACUCAUCGCUAGCGCUGCCGUAUUCCAGUCCCUCGUUUGGGCUGUCCCAAACAUCAUCACAAACGCCGUCGCUGAGAGCAUAGUGGGCUUGUUUCUGGGACCGGUCUAUCCCUGUUCGAUGGCGGUCUUUGCCAUGCUCUGGCCACGGAAUAUCCAAAUCGGUUCACUGGGCUUGGUCUCAUCAAUGGGCUCCGCCGGGGGAGCCUUCGUGCCGUUUGUGACAGGGUUGAUGGCACAGGCCAUCUCGACAGUUGUUUUGCAUCCAAUUGUGCUCUUCUCGUUCGCAAUGAUGAUCGGGGCAUGGUUUGGUCUGCCUAAAAUCCAGAAGAGGACGGAGUGA